CAUCACUUGUUUGUAUUUUGAAACUUGAAAGCUCUUCAGAAGACAAAUUACAAAACCUUUAGAGGAUUCAAUACACUUGAACAAAAAAUGAGUUACUCUCGUCAAAGCAUGGGUUCUGGAAGUAGAAAUGCAAGGGGAUAUGAAUUUGGAAGGACUUAUGUUGUGAGGCCUAAGGGAAAGCAUCAAGCCACUCUAGUCUGGCUUCAUGGUCUUGGUGACAAUGGGUCUAGCUCAUCUCAGCUCAUGGAAAGCUUGCAUCUUCCAAAUAUAAAAUGGAUUUGUCCAACCGCUCCUUCGCGUCCUGUUACAAGUCUUGGUGGAUUUACCUGCACUGCUUGGUUUGACGUUGGGGAAAUUUCUGAAGAUGGUCAUGAUGAUUUGGAAGGUUUAGAUGCCUCAGCUUCACAUAUUGCUAAUCUUUUGUCCUCUGAACCAGCAGAUGUUCAAGUGGGCAUAGGAGGUUUUAGCAUGGGAGCAGCAAUAUCUCUCUACUCCGCGACUUGUUAUGCUCUUGGACGUUAUGGAACUGGCCAUGCGUAUCCUUUAAACCUACGAGCUGUUGUAGGGCUCAGCGGCUGGCUUCCUGGUUGGAAGAGCUUAAGGAGCAAAAUAGAAUGUUCAUAUGAGGCUGCAAGGCGUGCUGCAUCGUUACCAAUCAUCCUUACACAUGGGACAUCCGAUGAUGUGGUUCCUUAUAGGUUUGGAGAGAAAUCUGCGCAGUCUCUUGGCAUGGCUGGAUUUCGACAAGCCAUGUUCAAACCAUACGAAGGACUUGGUCACUAUACUGUUCCCAAAGAAAUGAAUGAGGUCGUUCACUGGCUCACAGCGAGGCUCGGGCUUGAGGGCUCGUGCUAAACUAAACUGCGAUGCAUCUAGCUAUAUAAACGAUAUGAUCAACCGUUAGAAGAAAGAAUAACUGGGAAUGAAAAGGAAUUGGUGGAGAGCGUGAAAGAAAACUAGUGUAGACUU